UCAAAAAACCGUCAAACAUGGAUACCGAAUUAGUUUUGCGGAGGGCAGGUCAAAAUUUUUUGAUCUACCAAAUUUUCUACAUCAUCCUGAGUUUGGGCAUCAAAAUUUGCUCGUCGAUUCUGGGCAGAGCCCGGAUGAUCGCGAAAAUAUAAAUUUUCCGGCUUAAUCUUUCAGGAACUUAUUCAAAAUGCAAGUGGAUCCACAAACAUUUGUGACAACCCAAAAGGCUGCUUACAGAUGGCCAGUUUCAAAACCACUAACUGCCAAAAUACUUCACAUCGUCAUAGGGUCGUUAGUCCAGAAACUGGUUAAAGGUCUUACAUUGGCUGAUUAUACGAAGCUUAUGCCUGCCGUUGAUGACCCAACCCCAUCCCCGGUUAAAAGCGUGUCCACGAAGUUAGGAUACGGAUAUAGGGACCCCACAUACUUCAGGACCUCCUGCUUCCCUAGAUACAGAGUAGGAACAUGUCCCGAAGUUAAUUUCUGUCAAACUCCUGAUAAUCUGGUCACGUGGUUUGAAGAGGCAACAGGCAAAACCGAGUACCAGGAUACAAUAGGCAGGACCGGGCUGACGAUAAUUAAAAGCAAACAGCAGUACGCAGAACCUUUGCCGUCGAGUCGUAGACGCGUUGGUGAUCCGUGUCUUAGAAUUUAAAUAUGAAACAAAAAGAAAUUUGUGCAUAUUAUCUUGGGAAUAAAACAAAAACGAAUCUA